CGCGCGCGCGAACCGCCAACUCCACUUACCUUAUCCACCUCGUCCACGAGUAGUGAAAACGUAUUGACAGUCUAGCUCUGUUUAUUUCCUAGUUGACCAUAGUCUUCCUCAUUUAAAUUAAAUGUUUUUAAAUUUAUUCCGUCAACUUUAAAUAUUUAUUUUAAAUUAUGUUACGAAUAUGCUGUGAUAAUAUUUAAUCAAUAGUUUAAAUAGUUUUUUUUUUUUUAUCAAUGAAUCUGCUCUAAGAAAUUGAAUGCUAAUUUAAAUUAUACAAUAAAUUGUGGUGGGAGUUCAUUAAUAAACAUCAAAUCACGUUAAAUGUACAGCACCGUUAUCAUUACAGUAUCAAAGUUCUACGGUAGUAGAUCACUUUAACCAGGAUGGCAUUGACCUGCUGGGAAAAACUGGCAUUAGCGGCACUAGCUGCAGUAGGAUUACGUAUAUUACUUCGGCUAUCAGUAUUUACGUGGAAAAAAAUAAUAGCACCGAGUCUUGGCCGCGGAAUAAACGUCGCGACUCAAGGAAAAUGGGCAGUAAUCACUGGUGCGACUGAUGGUCUUGGUAAAGCUUACGCACAAGCACUUGCAGCUAAAGGCCUGGACAUUGUUUUGAUAUCCAGAACACAAGCGAAAUUAGAAGACGUUGCUAAAGAAAUCCGCACGAGCUAUGGGGUGGAAACGCGGGUUCUCGAAGCCGAUCUCACUGAAGGCCAGCCCGUGUACACAAAAAUCGCAAAAUUAAUCGAAGGCCUUGAGGUAGGAGUGCUGGUAAAUAAUGCGGGAAUGAGUUACGACCAUCCGGAAUUAUUUACAAAUAUUACGGAAGAAACUAUCACGAACAUUUUACAAUUAAAUGUGGCGGCGACUACCGCUAUUGCCCGAGCGGUACUUCCGGGCAUGAUGGAACGCCGUAAAGGUGUAAUUAUAAAUAUAAGUUCUACGGCAGCAGCUAUUCCGAGUCCUUAUUUGUCUGUUUACGCUGCGAGUAAAGCGUUUGUUGAUAAAUUAAGUGCCGACUUGGCGGUCGAAGCCGCGCCGCGUAAUGUUACGGUCCAAUGUGUUCUUCCGGGUCCAGUUGCUACUAAAAUGUCCAAGAUAAAAAAAGCCUCAUGGAUGGCACCGACACCGGAAAAAUUCGUCGAAGCCUGUUUGAAAACAGUCGGAAUAGAGUCAAGAACGACUGGAUAUCCGCCUCAUUGUUUAAUUAUCGGAACAAUAAAUGCCUUGCGAUGUGUUUGUGAGAAAGGUGCUAUUUGGCUGGUAUCAAGGACAAUGUUAAACGUUCGCGGUCGCGCGCUGAAGAAAAAAAAACAGGAACAAGACUCCAGUACACACGAACAUAUAACUGAUUUACCAUCCAGACGAGAAAUUCCGUGUGUCGUAUUAAAUGCAGGCGAGUGAACAUAUAUCAUUGAAUAUUCAUACAUAAUAGUGCCAAAGGUCGACGACGUGCUAUAUUAUUCAUUAGCUUCAUAUGUAUAAUGCAUAUAAUCAUACGUCAUUGAUUUGCUUAUUUGAAUUUAUUAUUUUU